CGAUGAUUUCCAUUCACACACCAACAGCUGGACUGUUCACACAGAAACACACGCAAGGAAAAAAUUCAACACCAAGAUGAAAACUAUUAUUGCCAUUUCAUUUCUGCUUUCAGGUAUUGCAGCACUGAAUGUACCAACUGUCACUGGACCAACACCACCUCCAGUACCAUGCUCAAACUCAAUGUGCGCUGGUAAGUCUGAUGGCAACUACAAUUACGAUGGUGUUCACGGAUACAAAGAUAACUAUUUUGUACAAUGUGUUGGCGGAAAAGCAUAUUGUCAAGCAUGUUGGCCAUUAUCUAUGAAAUUCAAACAACAGUGUAAUCAAUGCUUGUACGGUUUAAACGAUCCCUGCCACACAACACAAACCUGGGUGCCUGAAGUAAGAUACACAUGCCCUGAUAUUUGCCCUGCACGUGGACCCGAUUUCAAAGGAAAUAUUCGCGACAGUACCGAGCCUCGUCAUUAUGUUGGUUGCUGGAACGGAGUUACUGUUGGAUGCGUCAACUGUCCAAAACCAUUACUUUUCAAUGAACAAGAAAACGCAUGCUUAUGGGAGGGAAAAUACUUGACCAAACCAUAAAAGUUUUUAGUUUUUAUUAAAGUUUUUAUUAGACAUGCAUAACCAAUGAACUUUAUCUAACAACAUUCAAUAAAAUGAAACUUGAACAUUGUUAAAAUAAAUUUCAGUUGAUAAAACAAAAAUGAUAUAUUUCGGUUGGGAAAUUUUAUUUCUAUAUAUUCUUCUUUAUUUUUCUUUAUGCUUUAUAGAACAUACUUACAAAUAAAUGUUUUAUUUUGUACCAAAUAUUGUUAAACAUUUCUCGUCUCCGUUUGGACAAUCUAAAUAUAUUUCAAUAGUAAACAAAGAUAACUUUGUUCUGGGUUCAUGGAAAUUAAAUAAACUACACGGACACACGUUAACACUUUACUAACAUGUUUAAAAUAUUUCCGCCGCGCAACAUCUAGGACUUGUUCCUAAUUUUUAAAAUACAAAGAAACGCUUGUUUUAUAUUUGAUAAUGUGAAUCUUUUGCUUUUCUAUCGUGCAAACGAAUGCAGGGUAUCAAUAUCAUUUCCUGCCAUUAGAAUAUCUACGAACCAUUUAUUAUAUCAAUAAUAUAAAUGUUAUCUGUAGAAGUACGCCAAAAUGACGUUUCUAAAGGU